AUGAAUGCCAACAUUUUCUUUGCCGUAAUGUUGUUGACCAUUGGCGCAGUUUCAUCAAAGAGAAUCAGAUACCAGAGCUGCGGUUCGCAAACGCGUGCAGAAAUCAGCUCCGUGGAUAUAACUCCCUGCGAUCAAGAUCCUUGUGUUUUCAGACGAGGAAAACAGGAGACAUUUACAAUGAAGUUCAUUCCGCGCGAAUUGAUAACAUCCGCAAAAAUUUAUGCCAACGGAAUGAUGGGUGGUGCGAAGAUUCCUUUGCCGAUAAACCACGAUGUUUGCCAAGGCUACGGGCUGAGCUGUCCUCUGAAGGCUGGCGUCGAAGCGGAGUUGGUGUUCUCUGUGAAACUUCAUGCAUUUUACAUACCGCGUGGAGAGUACGCGAUGGAAGCCUACAUCAAGGACCAAAAUGGCAACUUGGUGGUCUGUGUAAAGAUUAAUUUAGAAAUCGCUUAA